UAGUUCGCACGUAUCAAAAGAUAGUAGUGAAAAAACAACAAUGACGAAUCUUAUAGUAUUGUUGUUGGUGUCAACCCUUGUCUUCACAAAUGCAAGGCAUAUACAUCCCCCCGAAGAGCCGCAUGCAAGACAUCAAGAUGUAGAAGAUAUAUGUGAGCAUGGGGCUAAGAAAGCUUUAAAAACGGCGCCGAUGGGAGAAGAAUACAUUAAUGUGGAGGUAAUAGAUGAAAUUCCACGCAACAUUAAACCGAACCGCUUCGUGCCACUGAACAACCCGAUAUUUUUUAUGGGUCACACGCCUUGUCCCGAGGAGGGCUUCAAGAGGGACUAUUUGGGUAUCUGCAGGGAAGUCUGGGACUAGCUGGACCAACAUCUAUUUAGCUGCUACCAAAAAAAAAUCA